AUGCCAGGUACCAAGCUGGUGGCGUAUAUUAUCGUCGGCAACGGGCUUAUCUUCGCCGUGAGGAUCGAGGGUGACGCAAGGGUUAGUGACCUCAUAAAAGCGAUCAAGGAAACGUGUCCGUCGACCAUCACUUGCGAGGCUGCAGCAGUGACGCUAUAUCUCGCUAGGAAGGGCAACAAUCGUUGGCUGAAAGAAAAGGACCCCGAUGCGAAGAAGUUGGCGGCAGGCGAGAUUCCUUCGGCAAUCUACGACAUUAUUGCGGGAGACGAGUACCAGCUGCAAGCAGAUGACCGAGUCAGCAACACCGCCUUCGAUUUCCCAGAAGUAGAAGACGAAGAGGUUGAAGACGAUGUUAUCCACGUUCUUGUGGUUCUUCCGGGACUAACAGAUCGCGGCACUGCGACCGAGCCGCAUCCUAUUCGCAAGAAAAGAUGGGACGAGCUCAACGUAGGUCUUAAUCGAAAUCGAGUCGUUGAAGAUGAGGCCACGGCAAGUUUCGACUCCGAUACGCUAGCCUGCAUCAGCAGAGUUAUGGGAUGGUUUUGGUACGAGCAGCCACGGAAGCGCAUUGGUGAUGAGGACAAGCUCCGUGUCUUGCACGGGUAUUUGAGUAUUCUGACCAAAGUGCUGGAGAUUAGUGGGGAUGGAAGGCGACGGCAUUUAAUCUUCCCUGUGCUUGCCUGCGUCUGCGCUCUUUUCGGUGAAAAGGCCCGACUCCUCGAGAAACAAACUGUUAUCGGUAAUCGUGUCCACGGAGAAGCACACUUCGACUUCGUGCUCGAAUAUGGCGGGACAAAUGUCUACAUUAUCGCACCGGAACGAAGUGAUUUUGAGCAGGGCGUCGAUCAAGCUUGCGUUGGGGCCGAAGUUUUAGCAGAUGUCAAUGGCUUGAAGAAAGUUUACAGUAUCGUGACGGAUUUCGUGGAAUGGUAUUUUCUUCGAAGUCUGGACAAGAAAAUCGAGCGAAACCGGGUGGUAAUGUUGCAUGUGGUGAAUGGUACUCCUACGUACGAGUCGGUGAAAUAUGUUGCUGAGAGGGUUUACUGCAUGCUGUCAGACGACAGCUAG